AUGGAUAACUAAUCUGAGGUUCAAGAUUCCCAAGGAUCUUAAUAAAAUCAUAACCAUCAAAAUUCUAAUGGAUCUGCGUUAUAUCCUGAAAGUUUUCAUUCAUAAAAAAGAAGUGAUUAAACAGUUUAAUCUCAGGCAGUAAAUGGUUUGUAACUUAAAAGAAAAAGUUCGGCUUCAAAUAAAAAUGAACCUUUACUUUAAAGCAAUGAUUAAGAAAAACAAGAUGAAUAUGAUGAAUUGAGCUAGAGUCAGAAUGAUCAAGAUUCAUUUAACCAAAGAGAGAAUUAGGCUGAUUAAUCUAAUACAUAAGAUUAAGGCAAUGAGGAGAUAGAGCAAACAUUUCAAUAAGAUCAAUCCAAAAUGCUGGAAAAUCCUGAAGACUAAGUAUUUUAAGAUCUACCAGAGAAUAAUUAAAGUAAGAAAUCUGACGAUCAAAGUAAUAAACCUACCCGAAUUGCAAGAGAGGAAAAUUAAUCAAAUAUCAUCCUAAAAUAAGUAUCAACUGAAAUCACAGAAAUCAAAUAGAAUGAAGAAGAAAUUUAAAGUAAUGAUAAAAUGCUAAGAACUUAGGAGGUUAUGGAUAAAUUCAAAUAAGUUAUUAAAUCACCCAAAACAAGAUCACCUUAACUUUCAACAGAUGAUCCUUAUUAAUUAAAUAAGCCAAUGAUCAAACCUUAGCAAUUAUCAUAGUAAGACAAUGAAAGAAGUUAUGAAAAAAUAGUAGAGGCAAAUACAAAGGAAAUUUAUAAAUUUUAUUCAAGAUAAGCUCAAACUUCAAAUAAAUAAAAUACCUUUGAUCAACUUCAUUAGAUUCAGUAAGUUAUGACAUUGUAAAAAUUUAUGUAUUUUUGUAAAGAUUUCGAAUUAAUAGAUUUGGAAAUAAACAAUGAUUUUGUCUAUCAACAUACUGGAUAGGGUGCAAAUAAGCCAAUCAAUAAAAUCAAAUACAAACAUAAAGAGAAAGAAAAUUUUGUUGUUACAAAGUUAAUCUUAGUGGAGAUCUUUAAAAAGUGUUCAAAUAUAUAAGAAUUAACUUAUUAAGAAUUCUUGUUGGCUUUAAUAAAGAUCGCCGAUAUCAUAUUCCCAGUAGACAACUCUUUGAGAGCAUUCUAUGAUUAUCUAGGAAUUAAUGAUCCCAAGAUAUAUCGGAAAAAGAUGGUUGUGGUAGGAAAACCAUUCAACAGCAAAGAUCAAAGUGAAGUCCUGACUUAAGAAAAGCUGUGUUCUCGCAGAUUGGUUCUACCAGCAAAACCUAAACCAAGAGCUGAAAGUUAUAAAUACGAACCUCCUGUCACAAAUCCUAAUAAUAUUUCACUAUAAGAGAAACCCAAAAACUCAGUUAAAAAUUUACAAAAGCAAAAGGAGAAACCCAACAAUCUUAUUAAAUGGGAAGAUUUAGGGAAUGUAUCUAAAGAGUUUGAUCCAAAAGAGUUAUUACUUGCUUAAGACUUAUCAGAUAAGGAAGAUGACUAUUAUUUGCAGGAAUAUUUAAUAACUAGUGCAGAGAAAAUAAAGAAGGAGGAAUCAUUGUUAAAAGUUCAAUAAAAGAAACAGUAAAAUAGCAAUAAAUAAUAAGAAUAAUAAAAUUAAGCUGAUGAGAAACCGCCAAAACACAAUCAAAAUAAUAUCAAUACCAUAUAAGAUCAUUCACAAUCAGUUCCCAAUUAGUAGAAAUUAUUUAAAUAAUUGAUUAAUCAAUAAAAAACCUAAAAUUUACAGACAGCGACAUAAACUAAUUAAUCUCCUGCCAUUAAUACCAAUCAAUCUAAUAAUCAAACUCCAUUAUUAUUAUCCAAACAAAAAAACUUGAUUGCAGCCAGACCGUCAUUAGAGAUUCAGUCCUAUAGUUAAUCAUAUAAAGCUUAACAAAUUAAAGCAAUAAAAUAAUCAACAAAGGCUGUCUUAAAUACCUCAAUUGAACAAAGUUCUCCUAGCACAAUAAGGAAGGAAAAUGAUGGAUUAAAUGCCAUUAGGAAGAUUGAAGCUGAGAAGAAAUAAAGAGAGUAACAAAUUUUGGUGGCUUUUAUGAAAAAUUAAGAAUAGAGAGAAAAAAAAGUAAAUAAAAAAUGA